AUGUCCCUGGCAGGCAAAGUCGUCCUGAUCACUGGUGCAUCCAAAGGCAUCGGCAAGGCAACCGCCCAGCACCUAGCCGCCAACGGCGCUAGUAUCGUAAUCAACUACCUCUCAGACGCAGCAUCAGCUAAUGCCCUCGUGGAUGAGAUCGGCGAGGACCGCGCCCUGGCCGUCCAGGCCGAUGCAUCCAAACUAGACGACAUCCGACGUCUGGUAGAGGCGGCCGUCACCAAGUUCGGUCACAUCGACGUGGUGAUCCCGAACGCGGGUGUCUUGCUGAUGCGAGACCUUGCGACCACCACUGAGGCAGACUUCGACACUGCGUUCAAUCUGAACGUAAAGGGCCCUUACUUCCUCGUCCAGGAAGCGACCCGCCAUAUGCCCGCCGGCGGCCGGGUGAUCUUCGUGUCGACCGGCGUCACUGUCCAUUCUUCCAUCAGUCCGACCUACCUCUUGUAUGCAUCGACCAAGGGCGCGAUCGAGCAGAUGACCCGCAUCACGGCCAAGGAGCUCGCGAAAAAGGGGAUCUUCGUGAAUGCUAUCGCGCCGGGCCCGACAACGACGGAGUUAUUCCUGCGGGGGAAGUCAGAGGAGACGCUGCGUGCUGUGGCAGGAUUCAGUCCGUUUAAUCGUAUUGGAGAGCCUGGUGAAAUGGCCUCUGUGAUCAAUUUCCUGUGUGGUCCUGAGUUUGGAGACUGUCCGGAAUCAAGAAGUACUCCAGAGACGAUGACGGAGACUAAAACGACGGAACGUGUGGAGAAGCCCCAAAAAGGUAAAGUCGCGGGCAAUACAGAUGCCAAGCCCAGAGCGAAAUCCCUCAAAUUGACAUUGCCUCUUCCGACCGACCUUUCAGCCGAUCGUCAGCCAGCAACAACGAAAAAUCGCAACCAUUUCGUCAAGACCCUGACGGGUAAGACCAUUACCCUCGACGUCGAGUCGAGCGACACCAUCGACAACGUCAAGGCCAAGAUCCAGGACAAGGAGGGUAUCCCCCCUGACCAGCAGCGCCUUAUCUUUGCUGGUAAGCAGCUGGAGGAUGGCCGCACCCUGAGCGACUACAACAUCCAGAAGGAGUCCACCCUUCACCUUGUCCUCCGUCUCCGUGGUGGUAUCAUCGAGCCUUCCCUCAAGGCCCUCGCCUCCAAGUACAACUGCGAGAAGUCCAUCUGCCGCAAGUGCUACGCCCGCCUUCCCCCUCGUGCCACCAACUGCCGUAAGAAGAAGUGCGGUCACACCAACCAGCUGCGUCCCAAGAAGAAGCUGAAGUAA